UGUUAGUGUCAUUUUUUUAUUAGUUUACAUCUGAUAAAUAAACAAAAAAUGUUAAGAAUAAUCAAACAUUUAUUUAAAAUCCAGUUUUUAAUGAUUUUGGUGUCUAUACUGGCAGGCAUAUAUUACCCUCAAAUAUUAGAUACCUUUAAGUGGUCACUUAGAGAUUUCGUAAUAUACAAUUCUUCCGAUUCUGUUAAAAAAUUAGGCAAUACCAAAUCAGAAUCUGGAUAUACCAAAAAGCUCAAAGCACACAGCGACACAAAGGAAUUGUUAUUUACUAAAGAUGAAUUAUGGAAGUUUAAUGGAGCUGACGAGAAUACAGAAAUAUACUUGAGUAUCUUAGGGUCGGUAUUUGAUGUUACUCGUGGAAGAAAGCAUUAUGGUUUUGGCUGCACUUAUAACGCAUUUGCCGGACGUGAUGCAUCAGCAUCUUUUAUUACGGGUGAUUUCGAUGUUUACAAUGAGGAUUCAGAUAACGUAGCUUCUUUGAAACUAUCUCAAAUUUGGGAACUCAACAAUUGGAGAGACUUUUAUCAUAAAGAAUAUGUAUAUAAAGGGAAAUUGAUUGGGAGAUUUUUUGACGAAUUCGGAAGAAAAACUAGUUAUCAUUUAAAACUUGACGAGCAGAUUAUACUAGCCAAAAGAGAAAAAGAAAAAAUCCAAAAAGAAAAAGAAAAAUUUCCAUACUGCAAUAUUGAAUGGAAAGAAGAAAAAGGAACAAGGGUUUGGUGCACAAAAUCAAGUGGGGGGAUAGAAAGGAAUUGGUCUGGCGUUCCAAGAAAAUUUUUUGAAAAUCCAAGGUUGUCUACAGAAUACCGUUGCGCUUGCGUUAACCAUGAAGAUUUGAUGUCUCCAAAAAUAAAAGAAUAUGCAAAUUGUGAUACGGACGCACAAGAAUGCUAUUAUAACGAGAGUUAAGUGGAAAAUACUUAAAAUAAGUUUAUUAAAUAAAAACCCACAUAUAUUUUUUAUUAUAUAUUAAUACUUUGUAAUUAUUUUUCUUCGCAUGUAAUAAGGUAUAUUUAAUUAAAUAUUAGUUUGAAUGUGUAAAUAUUUUCCAUAUAGAUUUUAAUAUACAUAGUUCAUUUUUCAAUAUACACUAAGUCCUCGAGAUACGACAUCUUCUAAUACGACAUUUCGAGUUACGACAUGAUAUAAAUUUGGAUCAUUUUUAUUCGGCUUACGACAUUGUUCCUAAUACGACAUUGAAAAUUUAAAAAAAAAAUUGUUUUUUUGACAGAUUUUACUGUUUUUUGAAUAAAAAUCUAUACCGAGUUAACUAAAAAUCUAUACUAACUAUAUUUAGUUAUAAGACGAGACUAAAGCACUUACUUCAACAAUGAACUCUUUCUAGUUAAAAAUUCUAGUUAGUAGUUAUGAGUACGAAUUGAAGUGAUAAAAUAUCAACUUAUUUAGAUUUUAUUUUAUUUAUUUUUGUUACAUCAUUGAAUUUUUUUGAUUUUGUUAUUAUAUUUUGCUGUUUUUUUUUUUAAACUUUGUUACCUUUUUGUAUAAAAAAAGGUAAAUUAUUUUAUAAUAUAGUUUGUCUAAUUCACUUUUUGUUUCAAUACAUUUUUUUUUCCUCUUCAAACGACAAUUCGAGUUACGACAUAAAUUUCUGGAACCAAAAAUGUCGUAUCUCGAGGACUUAGUGUAGUUUAGUUUUGUCGCAAUAGAUAUUUCAUUUUACUAAAAUUUAGAAUUAAAAUUCAAAAAUAAUUUAAAACACUAACUGUUCAACAAAAAAUUUAUCGUAGAAUGUCGUUUGAAUGUUAUUCAUUCCGUUUUAUUUUAUUUCAAACCGAUAACUGAAGUGGAAACGUGUAAUUUGUUUCAAAUCGAAAUUUUUAAAAAAGUUAAUUUGAAACAAAAAUUUAAUGAUGAAAUCAAGUACGUUGCUUCGAACAAAAAAUAACAAAACGAAAUUCUUUUUAUACAAAAAUGUUGUUUCGUUUCCGUUUGAACACAAUAUUUUAGUUUUUUUUUAAACAAACAAAAUUUGGCUCGGUUCUUUUCUAUUUUUUUUUUUGUUUUAAAAGUCAUUCAUAGAUAUACAUAUGUACAUAUAGCCAACAAGAAGCCUUGUGAAACUGUGUGGCAAUCAUCACACACUUCAAAAUACUCAUUUCACUCAAUUCGUCUGAGUAUUGCAAAAUUGACAGGGUCAACUCUACCUAUUCUCAUUUCUUUAAAAUUCCUUUAUAAAAAUUUCACUAACUGAAAAUGCUGUAGAAUGUAAUAUAUGUACAUAUGUAUAUCGUAAAAACAUAUUCAUCUAUCAGGCCACCAAGUAAAUGGUGCAAUGUUUAUAUCACUCGUCUUUUAACCGAAGGUUCUCAAACCCUAAUCAGUUCAUUAGGGUUUGAAUCUCUUCCAGGGUCCCUUUAAAAAUUGUAUUUUGUUUAUGUUAUAUAGCUUAAUAUGCAAUAUAAAUUUUUAAAACUAUAGAGGGGAAUAUUAUAAAUUUUUAAAACUAUUUUGAAUUUGGUUUUGAUGUGCUAAAAAGUUGUUGUAAGAAAAUUAUUUUCUGUUAAAUUUGUAAAAUAAAAGUAUACAUAUAUCGGGAAAAUGUCACGUGCAUUAUAUUUUGAAAGUGAAGAAACGGUAGUAAGUGAAGAAACGCAAGCUAUUCAAAUACGACAUAUAAGAGAUUCAACCCUAUCCAUUGGAUUUAGACAACAAAAUGUAUGUUUAUGUUCCUAUUUUAUUUUAUUAUUUAUAUAAUAUGUACACAUUUUUUAGGUUUAUCCAGAAUUUCAGAUUAUCAUUCCUUGCCAGGUUUAAGUCCUCUUCCAUUUUUUCUACUAACCGUGCAAUUUGUUUUUUGUUGCUUACGAUUUUACAGCUAAAUAAAAUAUAUGAAUAACAUUUUGAAAGAAAAUAAUUUAGAAAAAAUGCUUACAUUUUAAAAAAGCAAUUAAUUACACCAGUUUCCUUGAUAAAAUGAAGAUUUUACAAAAAAAAAAAAAAUCUGUCGUCUAAAAAUUUGUACCCGCUUUUAAAUCGGUGAAAACCCGACAAUUUAUCGUUUUCAUAAUACCAGCUAAUACGUUUCCUAUACAGGGAAAAAAAGCUUUCCCGACUCCGAUAAAAUUUACCGAUAAACAAUGUUGGUAAUACAAACGCAAAAUUUUGCCGAUAAAUUAUCGUUUAUCGGCCGAUACCGAUAUACAUAAUAGAGGGGAAUAAUAAACAAUUAGAUAGUUGGUAAAUUCUUAAACGUCAAAUUUUACAAAAUCUGAGUUGUCUGAGUUUACGGAUACUCUACUACGUUUUUACUCUCAGUCAAAGUUUAAAUUCUUAAACGUUUAAAAAAAGUCAAUUAAGCGUCAAAAUUGUAGAUUUUUUUUUUUACA